GGGGAAUACAAAUCUAGAACCUCCUUCAGAACUGAAGAUUCAGGUGAUAGCGGGAGUGUAUCUCGCGUGUAUGGCUGCCGCCGUUCUCCUGGUAGCGUUUGGAGUUGACUCACUAACCAGAUACACCGGAGGUCGUAACACAGCCUGUCAGGGUAAGUCUGGAGUCCGUCUGUUAGCGGUAACUCUUCGACAGCUGCGACACAAGUACCAACUGCUACUCUUACCAGUCAUUGGAUAUAUUGGUGCUGAACAAGCUUUCAUGGCGGCUGAUUUCACUCAGUUGCUAAACCUGUGUCUCCUCACGUCUCUGCUCUACUGGCGCCCAGACCCUGAGCAAUGGUUGGUGUUCUACGCGUUAGCUGCAAUCUGGGGCACUGCUGAUGCUGUGUGGCUGGUCCAAGUUAAUGCAUUUUCAGGCAUCCUAUUCCCUGGCAACGAGGAGGCAGCUUACUCUAACUUCCGUCUGUGGGAGGCGACCGGCAGUGUGUUGUCGUAUGCAACUGCACCAUACUUGUGUGUUAGGACGAGGUUAUACUGCCUUCUAGGCUUUCUUCUAGUUGGUUUCUUAGGCUACAGCAUCAUAGAGCUAAUGGAGUACAAAGUAAAGAAAGCUCAUCAUCUCGAGAGGAACUUUGAACUUGUCGAAAAGAAACCGGAACAAGAAUCUCUAAGGAAAACUUCUGAAGCUGAAGGGGACUACUGA